GCUUAGCCAUAUGAUUUUGAAUUUGUUAGAACUUUAUUACAAUUUAUCAACAACAAUGUCGUCAUCUCAAAGUUCUGAUGAAGAAACUGACUUUAAAGUGGUUUCCUCUACUAACUACCAGCGCGUCCAGGAUAAAGUAUCAAAGAUAAGCUACGCAGAUGGCAUAGCCGAUGGCCGGGAAAAGGUGUUUCAAGACAGCUUUGAUCAAGGCUACGAAGACGGCCUUAAAGCGGGUUUAGAACUGGCCAAACUAAGUGCCUUCUAUGAAACCCUUCAAGCAUCAGGUUCAGAACAUGCGGAAGGAGAGGCCUUUAAGAACCUUAAGCUCGCAGCUCCCACAGCCAAGGAGCACUUCAAGUAUUUAGAGCACCAGGGAGCACAUCUAAGCGUUGUGAGGGAUAAUCAAAGGACCUACUUGGACGACUUGAUAGGACAAUGUGCACAGGCUCUCCCAGCUACUACAAAUUUAUUCGUAUCGAGCUCUUCUAGUUAGUGUUAAUGUGGUUUAAUG